AUGACGGAUCUUGUGGCCGGUAGCAGGGUCAAAGAACUUCAAGCCAUGCUCUUUCCGGUUCAACCGAUUCCUGGCGGCGCGCUGACGAACUUUCAGAGGCUGCAAGAGUUGCAACUAUUGCAGCUGGGACAACACGAGGUGCAACGACGGGAAUCAGAAUUUAUACAGUUCUCGGCGCCGUUCGGCACCAGAGAAGAUCAACAGUCGAAAGAGAGCCUCCGAAAUGCUUUGGACACCCGCUGCAUGAUAGAUGGAGUCACGCAGGAAGCUGCGAGAUGGCCCACGGAAUGUCAGGUUCUAACUAUUCCACUGCGACACAUAGAAUACGCGCCACUCGUUCCAGAACCGUUCUACGUGCCAACUGGAAAAGAACCACGACCAAAACCAUUAGGGGACGAGUUCGGAACGGUGGUAUUCCGCUACUAUCCGACCAGUAUCACGAAUUACAUCAGCAGGUCUUGCGUGGGCGGGAGCACGGUUCUGCCGUUUUCAACGGAAUUUCCUGAUGAUUCGAUCGGCAACGAGUCGAAAGUCGUCGACACGGAUAGCAACUUUUAUUUAAUAACCAGAUCCCCCGACACGAUCGCAGAGAACAACAGUGAUCUUCGUUUCGAGUCGCGUUUCGAGUCUGGAAACUUGUCUAAGGUCGUGAAGAUCACCGACACGUACUAUCAGUUAUAUCUCAGAAAGGAUCUGUACACGCAACGGCACACACAGUGGUACUACUUCAGGAUAUCGAACACGAAGAGCAGAACAACGUACAGAUUAUCUAUCGUUAAUCUCUGCAAGGAGGAAAGUCUGUACAACGAAGGUUUACGACCACUGUUGUACUCAACCGAGGACGCAAAAAAACGGGCUGUCGGUUGGAGGCGAUGCGGCGACAAUAUCGCCUAUUACAGAAACGAUUCAUCGAACGACGAAGAAAAGGAAAAGCACACGCUGACGUUCAACGUUUCUUUCCCGCACGACAGGGACACUGUCUACUUGGCUCACUGUUACCCUUACACUUAUACCGAUUUACAGGAAUACCUCGCCAAACUGGCAGCAGAUCCCGUGAAAACGAGAUUCACGAAAUUGCGACUACUCUGCCGGACACUGGCUGGAAAUGGGGUCUACUAUUUAACCAUUACUGCGCCCGCCUACGACGACGAGGUGCGAAGAAAACGGGGCAUCGUUAUCACAGCCAGGGUACACCCAGGCGAGACACCUUCCAGUUGGACGAUGAAAGGGAUCAUCGACUUUUUGACCGGGGAUUCGAACCAAGCCAAGGCCCUUCGAGAGAGAUUCGUAUUCAAGCUGGUGCCGAUGUUGAAUCCGGAUGGGGUAAUCGUCGGCAACAACAGGUGCUCCCUAUCUGGGAAGGACCUGAACAGACAGUACAGGACCGUGAUGAGGGAAAGCUACCCUUCGGUUUGGCACACUAAACUGAUGAUACGACGACUGCUGGAGGAGUGUGGCGUGGCCAUAUACUGCGACCUACACGCCCACUCCAGGAAGCACAACAUAUUCGUGUACGGAUGUGAGAGCAAGAGGUCUAGCCCACAGACCAGACUUUCCGAGCAAGUGUUCCCUCUGAUGCUUCAUAAGAACGCUGCUGACAAGUUCUCCUUCGAGAACUGCAAGUUCCACAUAGAGAAGGGCAAAGAAGGGACGGGAAGGGUUGUCGUAUGGUCGAUGGGAGUGCAAAACAGUUACACGAUGGAGGCAUCGAUGGGGGGAUCGAUGAUCGGCUCCAGGUCCGGUACUCACUUCUCUGCUCAGGACUACGAGCAGAUAGGAAAAGUGUUCUGCGAAACUCUGUUGGACUUCUUCGACCAGGAUCCCGUCAAGGAAAGACUUCGGAACAAAAUCAUUGCCAGACUGAUGAAGGAGGGUUCCAGCGCUGAGGAGCCGACUAACAUCGACCUGACCGACUACUCCAGCGACGAAGGGGACACCUCGGCCAGUUCCGAUUCUGAAAAAGAAGAGGUGGACUUCACGGAAGGGUCGUGGGAUUGCGAGGCAAGGGACUCUGCUGGUUCCCCGCAGUGUCUUUUCGCGCCACCGCCUACUCCCACGUUCGUUCCGCCUCGAAGCUUCGAACUGGCGAAACGUAGAAGCAAAAAGGGAAUCACAACCAGCAGGAGUUACUUCCAACGAAAAAGAUUACUGGCCAAGAGAGCAGUCAUGGAUCUACCGACCCUGGAUCCAGGCAGCGAUCUAUGCGACCUAACGGACUCGGCGGACGAAGGUGAAAACUAUGAAAGAUCUGAGAUCGAUGAAUUACUCAGAAGUUCCUCGAAAGGACUUACCGAACGCUACAGAGACGAGUCCAGUCACGCGAUCGACAGAGAAAUGGAAACAAGCGAGAGAAAGUUACUCUCUAGCGAUGACCUGGUCCUACCGGAAAUCGUGAGACGUUGCUGCCUAUCCUUGGACGAGAGUUUAAGCGUGAACAAAGAAGAACGAAGGAUAAACAAAAGAACGCCAUGUCUUCAUUUGGUUAGAGCACUGAGACAUCGAUCGCCAGUGCCCUUGAAAGGUCCAGAUAUACAGAUCAAGCUGAGUUCGCUGCGACAACAAAUAUGGAUGGGAGUCCCUCCAAGCGACGAGGAAUGCAUUGAUAAAAGGCUCGAUCAUCCAUUCGUCAAAGGGCCACUGAGUUGGGGUGUUUCCAAUAUGGCGUUGACACAGAACAAGAUGGACAGCGACGUGUUACUUAGAUCGUGCACAAAACGACUGGAAUCUCUCGAAUACAUAAACAUCAACGGGAACGACAGAGGAACGCAAAGCAAAUGUAAACGCGAGGAAAUACAGAGCACAAGAGACGCCAGCCCGAAUGUGGAGGAUCAGCGGCAAGAAAGCAGCCGGAAGUCGAGGAAGAAGAAGCCCCGUCUCAAGUGGCAGAAGAUCAUCAAUUUCAGUUCGAAAGUGAAAGAAACGUGUCACGGAAAGACGUCCUUUUUGACGAUCAACGCGGAUUCGUUGAAGCUGGUGACGGUCGAGAUGCCAUCGAAACCACAGACACGGCAAAAUCGGGUCGAGUCCAGAAGAAAGCAUCGGAUAAGUGGCGCCACCUGUUCUAUCGCUAACGCUACGAAAACACCAAGCGUUGUAAAGCCGCAACAACGUUUGCAGUCGCAGUCGCGAUCACGUAUGCAAUUACAGCCGUUAAUCGUGCCUCUGUGCGACAGUUUCUCGUCCGAUAACGACUCCGCAAAUUCUCGCAGACAAAAGGUCCAGAAGAAGAAACAAAAGAAAAAGAAGCAAACGAAGAAGAUCAAAUCGGCGUCCACUGUGGGACGAAAAAAGCGCGCCAGUAGCGCGAACCUGUUGCGCAACUCUUGA